AAAAAUGCAAAAAGUUGACAGAAAAAUAGAGAGAAACAGUUUGAGGGGUGCGAGUGAGAUGGCGAGGUCAGUGAAGCUGCUUCUAUGGAGUCUUCUUCUUCUGGGAACCCUAACUACUAUUCAGGCCAAAAAGUCAAAGGAAAAGAUCACAAACAAGGUUUAUUUCGAUGUCGAAAUUAAUGGCAAAGAAGCUGGUCGUAUUGUCAUGGGUCUAUUUAGCAAGACAGUCCCUAAAACUGCAGAGAAUUUCCGAGCUUUGUGCACAGGGGAGAAAGGAGUAGGGAAGAAAGGGAAGGCUCUACAUUACAAGGGGAGUUCCUUCCAUAGGAUCAUACCAAGCUUUAUGCUCCAGGGAGGCGACUUUACUGAUGGAAAUGGUAUGGGAGGUGAAUCUAUUUAUGGCGAGAAGUUUGCUGAUGAGAACUUCAAACUCAAGCAUACUGGUCCAGGGUAUCUAUCAAUGGCAAACGCUGGUGAAGACACCAACGGAUCACAGUUUUUCAUCACGACAGUAACAACAAGCUGGUUGGACGGGAGGCAUGUAGUGUUCGGGAAGGUAGUUACAGGAAUGGACGUGGUGUACAAGAUCGAAGCUGAGGGGAGUCAGAGUGGAACUCCUAAGAGUAAAGUUGUGAUUGUUGACAGUGGCGAGCUUCCUCUGUAACUCAACUCUCUCAUGUAGCUGUUUUCUCCAUCUGAUCCUCCAUUGCUCCUGUGCUUAGUGCUUUGAACGACUUUUAUGUUUAAAACGACCAUCUUAGCCAUUUAAUAAAAGAUUAAACCAUUCUGCUUUUUA